CGCGCAGGGAGGCGGCACCAACCAAGGGAGCACCCCCACAUAUGCUUACCUUGGCCGUGCGCGCCUCCACCGCCGCAUCGAGCAUCGUCGCCGGCCUCGGCACCCCCGCGCCGUCCAAGUCCGGCAUCCCCGCCUCCGCCCGCCCCAGGCUCAUCAUGAGCGCGCCCGUCUUCGCCGCCCCCUCCGCCAUCGUGUAAACCGCCGAACGAGAAGCUCAAAAGUCAGACGAGAGAGAAGCGAAGUACUCCUACUCUAGUAGCAUCCAAGCCGCGCGUUCGAAGAUGAGCGGGUGCCUUUGCCUCCCCUGCUAUAAAAAGAAGGAGGCCGUCUCCUCCGCGGUCCUCCAGAACAAGAAGCCCACCCACUCUCCACAUCCUCCCUCCAAGGGCAUGGACCCCGUCGAGCGCUUGAAGAGCGGGUUCGAGAAGUUCAAGACCGAGGUCUAUGACAAGAAGCCGGAGCUGUUCGAGCCGCUCAAGGCCGGCCAGGCCCCCAAGUACAUGGUGUUCGCCUGCUCCGACUCCCGCUGCUGCCCGUCGGUGACCCUGGGCCUGCAGCCCGGCGAGGCCUUCACCGUCCGCAACAUCGCCGCGAUGGUCCCGCCCUAUGACAAGAACAAGUACACCGGUAUUGGGUCCGCCAUCGAGUACGCCGUCUGCGCCCUCAAGGUGGAGGUCCUCACCGUGAUUGGCCACAGCCGCUGUGGUGGCAUCAAGGCGCUCCUCUCCCUCCAGGACGGCGCACCCGACACCUUCCACUUCGUCGAGGACUGGGUCAGGAUCGGCUUCCUGGCCAAGAAGAAGGUGCUGAGCCAGCACCCCACGGUUCCGUUUGAUGACCAGUGCUCCAUCUUGGAGAAGGAGGCCGUGAACGUGUCCCUUUUGAACCUCUUGACCUACCCCUGGGUCAAGGAAGGCGUGGCCAACGGGACCCUCAAGCUGGUCGGUGCCCGCUACGACUUCGUGAACGGAAUCUUCGACACAUGGGAGAAAUAGGCCAUGGCGGACGCCGUCGAGCGCUUGAAGACCGGGUUCGAGCAGUUCAAGGCCGAUGUCUACGACAAGAAGCCGGAGACGUUCGAGCCGCUCAAGGCCCACCAGUCCCCCAAGUACCUGGUGUUCGCCUGCUCCGACUCCCGCGUGUGCCCGUCGGUGACCCUGGGCCUGCAGCCCGGCGAGGCCUUCUCCGUCCGCAACAUCGCCAGCAUGGUCCCACCCUACGACAAGACCCGGUACGCCGGCGUCGGGUCCGCUAUCGAGUACGCCGUCUGCGCCCUCAAGGUGGAGGUCAUCGUGGUCAUCGGCCACAGCCGCUGCGGCGGGAUCAAGGCGCUCCUCUCGCUCAAGGACGGCGAGCCCGACAAGUUCCACUUCGUCGAGGAAUGGGUCAGGAUCGGCGGCCCCGCGAAGACGAAGGUGCAGGCCGACCACGCCUCGGCCCCCUUCGAAGACCAAUGCUCCGCCUUGGAAAAGGAGGCCGUGAACGUGUCCCUCGAGAACCUCAAGACCUACCCGUUCGUCAAGGAAGGGCUGGAGAAGGGGACACUCAAGCUGGUCGGCGGCCACUACGACUUCGUCUCCGGCAAGUUCGAGACAUGGGAUCCAUGAGCGGCCAACCAGGCUAGCUGUUAAUCAUGUACGGCUACAACAUAUAUGCUCCCGAUC